AUGCCCAUCCACGCUGAAUGGGUUCUGUUACUUACUACAAAAUCAGCAACGCCGGAGAUUUCUGCCGGUUCUCCUUCGACUCCUUCACCAGCUGUGAUUUUACAAGAAUCAGCAAGAUUUACUCAACCCUCAGAAACACCGGAGAUUUCUGCUGGUUCUCCUUCGACUCCUUCACCAGCCGUAAUUUUGCAAGAAUCAGCAAGAUUUACUCAGCCUUCAGAAACACCAGAGAUUUCCGCUGGUUCUCCUUCGACUCCUUCACCAACUGUAAUUUUACAAGAAUCGGCAGGAUUUACUCAGCCUUCAGCAACGCCGGAGAUUUCUCCUGGUUCUCCUUCGUUUUCUUCACCAGCUGUAAUUUUACAAGAAUCGGCAGGAUUUACUCAGCCUUCAGAAACACCAGAGAUUUCUGCUGGUUCUCCUUCGACUCCUUCACCAGCUGUAAUUUUACAAGAAUCGGCAGGAUUUACUCAGCCUUCAGCAAUGCCGGGGAUUUCUGCUGGUUCUCCUUCGUCUCCUUCACCAGCUGCAAUUUUACAAGAAUCGGCAGGAUUUGCUCAGCCUCCACCUCAGUAUCCAUCUCAGUAUCCCGACGAGGUCGAUGUGGAGCUGGAUUUAGCAGAGACACUUUCAUCUACAUCUACAUCCUCCACUUCUACUUCACAGCAAAGCUCUAUAGACAAUUUAACGCACACUGCGCCCACAACACCAGGAGUGAGUUAA